GGAGUAUCGGAUUUCAUCGCCUUCCGCAAAUUUUCGGCUUCCCCCCGAACAACGGGCCCUAAGGUAAGUGAUUCCGCCCGGUACGCCAAAAGGGCAGGCGGGACGGAAAAAUCUAUGAAUGCCGUCCUGGGGUCUCCGCUAAGGAUAACAUUAGUCUACAAAUCAACCAGACGCGUGGUCGAUAAAGGGGGGGGAACGUAUCAACUCCCCACCUUGUCAAUUAUUCAACUCUGCCUCUACCGCCUCAUUUGUAUUCUGAUCCUCACAGCCGUUGCUAAAGAUUGACCUGAAAUAAUGAGCUCUGACAAGGGAUUGCUGCGGCCCGGGCAUCCUUUCAUUCCUCCUUCCACUGAUGUUCCUGCGUCGAACACGAGUGCACUUAGCGGGGUUCCCCCCGCUGGCCUUUCCGAGUUUGCUGUGCCCAUCAAGAGUGAUACGGUUGAGGAGCACGAUGCACUCACUCUGCUUCCAGAAGUACAGGCUACAGGUCGACCUGCUGGGUCCAAGAGACCGUUUCAACGGCGACGGCGUAGUCGAGCCUGUGAUGCCUGCCGCACUCGGAAAACGAAGGUAAGAAAUUAAGAGAUUUUCACUCCUUCUAGUGACACCUGUUCCCGGUUGGACCCUCUAAUCCUUUGUUUCGCCCCCCCCCCGAAAAGAAGAGCUGUAUCCAGUUGAGAGGGUUUGGGUAACGUUGGUACUAUAUAGUGUGAUACCCCAGACGAAGGCCCAUGCUCUGCCUGUGUUGCGGCUAGCUUAAUAUGCAAAUUCUCUGAAGGUGAAGAUAAACGUCGUGCGGGACCGGCGAGGUAUGCUUUUGGAACCCCACGACUACCCUAAACGGCUUCACUUACUCACUGCUUAGGAUUAAUUCAAGACGUGUACGGAUGCUCGAGCACACUAUUGCAGAUCUCACUCGGAAACUCGCUGAGGCCGAAGAAAGGUUACGUCGGACUAGCAUAUCCGGGUUCUCGCCGGUCAAUGCGGGAAAUCUUCAAUCUCCAACAGCAGAAACUGACGUAUCAGGGGGACUCCAGUCAUCGGAUUCCCCAAGUCACGCAUCCCCGGCCAGCCCUAAAUUUCCCCCACAACACCCCGUGCAGAUUCCGAACAUGACUUAUUCUGGGAGAAGCCUUCCCCCAAUUCAGAGCAGCACAUCUGGUGGGCUGCCAACUGGUGAUGACCGCGGAAAGAACAAGGGAAGAUUUCAACCUGACGGUACUGCGUGGGACGACCAUAUCUUUGGCCCGAGUUCGGGUCCGUCCUUCCUGAAUUCCUAUAAGGAAUAUCUUUCCCGCCUUGGAUACCGCCCACCCUCGUCUAGGGACCCCCAUGAUUCCGUUGGAGCGGCUUCGGAAAAUCUCUCCCCCCAUGCCUCGCCUGUUGACCGGGGUAAUAUCGGCACAAUCCCGGUUCGGCUCGCACCACUUGAUAUCCGUGCCUUUCUUCCUCCGUUACCCCUAGCUACCGAGCUAUUAGAAGUUUUUCGGAAGAAUAUCCAGCAAUGUACAGUGAUAUUCUAUUGGCCCACGAUAGAAGCGAAGUUCAAAAGAGCUUGGAGUGCACCUAUAUGGGACACGGAUCCUGAGGCUGUGAGGAGUGUUUUCUGUGUGAUCGUUAUGAUUAUGGCAGUGGCAAGUCAGCUAGUUGACCCGAGUCGGUUGCGGAGUCCUGACGGCGGUGACUGGUCAACUGAUAAUGAGAGGUGGGAUAUUUAUUCACUCUUACCUUCCCUACCCGGAUAUAUAUCGACACUGAAAAUGACAUUUACCGUGGUGCUGGUAUUCUUUUAGGAACGGUUGGGUCUUCUUUGAGCUCGGAAGGAAAUACUCCAAUCCAAACAACCCAAGUUACUCAAUCGACGAUGCUAUUUGUUCGUAUCAACUGCAUUCCUGUUAAUCUUCGUUGUCUAUCUUUUGGGGUUCCCUUUCUAACGAUGCUUUUCCUAACCCAGAUCUCCUUUUGAUGGCGUUUUAUCUUGACAAAGCUUUUCUUCCCUCUCCCUGUUGGAUGGUGACGGGAUCUAUGGCUCGUGUAUGCCAGGACAUUGGAUUGUACCGCCGCACACCUGCCGGGAUGUUCAGCGGUAUAGACGUAGAAUCCCGGACACGGCUUUUCUGGGCUGCCUAUAUCCAGGACCGCAAGAUAUCCAUGAAGCAGGGCCGCCCGGUGAUAUUUCUGGAUAAGCAUAUAGAUGUGGGGUUGCCAGGCGAACACAUGGGAGCUGGUGUCGGAUCCGGCGAAGGUGAAAAUUUGGAGGCCGCGAAAAAGUCUUUGCAAGUUUUUCGGGCUACCAUCCGUGUUGCCCAGACCUCAGAGUCUCUGCUGAAUAUCAACCUGAAACACGACGGAGAAUCAGAAGAUGUCCAGCUGCUGCAAAGCGUGGACGAGAUGUUGGAGAGGUCAUGGGAGGCUUACCCACCAGACCUGACUAACUUGUCGGAGAGUGGCCCCAUCGAUCUGCCAGCUUUAAGACGUGAGUGGUGACCUCAGCCCCAUGCGAUGUAGGACCUAAUUGCAUGAACUCGCCCCAUCAUCCUACCCCUGUCGAUACGCCCUAUUUUUCCUUCCCCCCUGGGCCCUGAAUAACAUACCGGUACUGAUUUAUCAGUUAGCUUUAUUUCAUCUGCAACACUCUAGGGUCAUUCUAUACCGUUAUUUUACCGACUUCAGCAACACAUUAUCGCUCACCAACAGCUUCAGGACGUUUUGCUUGGGUCAAUCCAUCCAAGUCUCGAAAAUCACGGCUCACCUGCUCUUAAGGGCCUCUAAAGACCCUGACUUUGAUGUGGCUUUUGGCCUCGGCUCUGAGGAACUUGUGCAUAUCCAUACUUUUCGUGUCGCAACGAUAUUGUUGCUGGGAUAUUAUUGCAGGGAUCGUAACCUACCGAGUGUCACUAAGGAAGAGGUGGAUAUAUGUGCAAGUGCCCUUACAUCGGUUGCAAAGACCAAUCGUCAGGCAGGAGAGAAGCUCCUGGGGCUGUUUAAAGACUUUUCUCUCAUGUUUGGGUAUUCGGUGGAGCCAAGUGUUGCUAGCAGCUCCACUUCGACAACUGUUAAGGAAUGUUCCGAGGCAUCACCACACACUGCCGGUUCUUGGGGCUCUGAACCCUCACAUAGUACACUACAGCCUUCCUCGUCGCUGCCCCUAUCGCGUUUUGGGGGUGGAUUCAACGUAUACCCACCAACGCCCUCGGGGCCAUCGGCCCAGGGAGCCUCAUCACCGGAGUUUCCACACCAAGCCCCUUCCGGUUCCAGUGCCGCGCACCCGCAAUGGCUUCACGCAACGACAAAUGCCAUAUUACUACCUAACGCUAGCACCGGCGGCGCCGGUGGGGAGAGUUCGGGAAACAUGUUUAUCGAGACGCAGAUUGGUACCGGGUCUACAGCUGCUGGGGCCACUGGUGCUUCAACAAGUAGUUCGUUGGGCGCCGAGGGCCAGAUCGAUUGGAGCGCGUACCAGCAAAUGAUGCAGUUUGAUCCGGGGUUCGCAACGUACAUGCUGGGUCCCAAUGAUAGGGAUUUCCACUGAUACGUCAGGGUUACCUGCUUGUCUUUUUUUCUCAACUGUGGAGGACCUAGAGGGUUGUUGUAUAUUUACGGGGAUAUUUUGUAAAGGUUGGCGAAGCGCAGUGUGUGAAUGGAUUUCCACUUCUCUGAUUGCAGACCGGUAGUGUUCGGGGGUGCCAUUGGUAUCCCCUCGUUUCUAGUGUGGCACACAUACUGUACCAGCGCUGGGCUUUCCAGACACCAGAGGAAGAGCUUUUAUCCUUAGCUACCACAUUUCUAUAGUUACUAGGAAGACGAACCAUCUUAUAAUACCUACCAUGGCUUACACAACGUCUGGAUACAAGUAGUCCGGCGCAGUUGUAUAAUAUGAGAGUGAGGACGCCUGUGCUCGGGGUUGGUCAUAAAUCGGGGGCACUCCUAAAAUGGACAGGACAUCCAUAU